GAUCACGUCGUCAGUUAUACGGAGAGAGAGAGAGGAAGGGAAGGUGGAUUGAUCACUUAACCGCUUGAUCUUCUUCAAUAUCGAUUCCGAAUCUGCAAAUGUAUCUUAGAGAAUUCCAUGCUCUUGCAUGAAUAAAGAAUUGCUGAAGAGUGCUUGGUUAAUAAGUUGAAAAUGGGAGGCUGCAUAUCCAUUCCAUCUCAGUCAACUAAACCACGCAAAAGGCGCCUUCAGCGGAUAAGGAAAAGCCGGAAAAGGAUUUCCAAAUCUGUGGUUGAUAGAAUCAGGAAAAAGAAUAGUGAUUGUGCAACAGAUUUUUCUGGGAGUGAUUUUGUUCAGAUAACCACCACGCGCAGCGGUUCUGAUGUUUCCAACUCGACAUUCCAUAUCACCCAGUUGGAGUGGCACCAUGGUCAGAUCGAUAGAAAUGUAAUUUGUCCAGAGGAAGCAUGGUUUGACUCUGUCAGCUUAAUAGAAUCUGACUCCGACGAUGACUUCAGUAGCGUGUACGAUGGAGAUAUUUUCUCUAAUCUUUCAAGGGGUCAAAUACUUCAGUAUGAAACUUCAUCACGCUUUGUUGAGAACAAGGUCCAAUACAAGACACAAAAACUUUUAGGUAAAGAUGGACUCGAGGAUUCAAAUAGAUCUACACAUUUAAGUGAUAUUGGAAUGCCUGAAGAACUUGAUAAAGCAAGGAAGAAAAAAUUGGACAGUGCUCAUGGAAGUUUUAGUUGUAUAAGAGUAGACAAACGUGAAUUUGAAGAGAAAAUUGGAGAGAUUAUCCGAAAGUCUAGCUUACCUCCGCUAGUUCCUUCUGUAAGUUUCAAUGAUAAUUUAAAUGGUUCAAAUCAUGUUCAGCAAUCUCAGAAACAUAAGUCAACGGUUAUCAGACUUUCAUUCAAGAAAACAUCUUUUGAUGGGGCAGAGGCCAAUGCAAACCGUACGUCAAAGAAUUUGUUAUAUCGUCCCAAGGCAGGAAUUUUAGUCCCCUAUUGUAUGGAAGGGAAGCCAGCUAAAGGGUGUUGGUCCAAAAUUGCACCUUCAAAAUUUACACUUCGUGGCACAAAUUAUUUCAAUGACAAAAAAAAAUCCCCUGCUCCAGAUUUCAGUCCAUAUACUCCAAUUGGUGUAGAUUUAUUUGAGUGCCCAAGAAAGGUUAGUCAUAUAGCCAAACUCCUUGAGCUUCCUUCUGUCAAAGCAAAUGGGGAAUUUCCUUCUCUGCUUAUCGUCAAUAUUCAGUUGCCUACAUAUGCUCCACCUAUGUUCGUGGGUGAUUCUGAUGGACAGGGUUUAAGCCUUGUACUGUAUUUCAGACUAGUUGAGGGGUAUGAGAAUAACAUCUCUCCCCAGUUUCAAGAAAGUAUCAAGAAACUGAUGGAUGAUCAUAUGGAAAAAGUCAAAGGGUUUGCAAAAGACAGCUUAGUUCCAUUUAGAGAAAGAUUAAAGAUUAUGGUUGGAGUGGCGAAUCCUGAUGACCUUGUCAGUAGCUCUACAGAAAGAAAACUUAUUCAUGCUUACAAUGAGAAACCGGUCCUUUCACGUCCCCAACAUCAAUUCUAUCAUGGACCAAACUACUUCGAAAUCGAUCUGGACAUUCAUCGAUUUGGUUACAUAGCAAGGAAGGGACUUGAUGCAUUCAGAGAUCGUUUGAUGAAUGGCAUUCUGGAUCUGGCUUUAACUAUCCAGGCACAAAAACCGGAAGAGUUGCCAGAGUCUGUGCUUUGUUGUGCUAGAUUGAACAAGAUUGACUUUGUUAGUCAUGGCGAUAUCCCCACCAUUAUGACUAGUGAAGACAACAACUAUGAAUGAUCAUACUCACAAUUCUUAUAAUAUUUUCUCUGCAACUUCUCCAAUUCUAGAAUUAGACACAUACUAGUGUAUAGUAUACAUUCAAUACAUUAUGCUUCUUCUUAUUAUUUUGUUAUUUUAUUUUUGGGACAAACAAAUCAUGGGCUCUGGAUCUUGUCAUUGUUGGUCAAGUGUUAUGAGUUGCAACA